GCCCGGAGCAACACACAGAUCUGUCCUUCUCCGUCUCUCAGUCCGGUUCAAAACGGAUCAAAUCUGCUCUGUUCUCGAAAUAAACUCUCCGUGUUUCUUUAACGCAAUCUCGGUGCUCCGUCUGCACGCGCUUUACGCACAGCCCGAAGAGCCGUGCGUGUGUCUGCUGGAGACGCGGAGACCCGUGACGCUGGACUCGGGGUGAUGUGGAAGCUUCAGCUCUGAGGUGCUUUUAUCUCAUGACCCUGGCGUGGAAUUUAUUUUCACUUAGAAAACUGCUGCGUGGACAAAUGCAUACAAAUGCAUUUAGGAGCCCAACGGACAAGGAGUGGACAAGAAUCUCCAACAGCGAAAGCGAGAUUUCUCAUCCUCCUCCUGUCAGCAUGUGCAGCUGUGCUGCGUGCAGAAGAACAAGGUGUAGAUCUUAUACAUCAGCUGGGCCUCUCCGGUCGCAGAGACAGGCACUCUUCCGGGACAGCAUACCUCACGUCUCUUCCAUCUCUAACCAUCCUGCCUCCUGGUGUUGGAGUAAUUCUUGGACAGGAUGCCCUCAUUGAAGCACCAUUGGAGGGCCUGCUCCCCGCUGGCGUGGAGGAGGAGUUCUCUGUCAUAGUCACUUUAAGCUCCUGGCGAGCGAACAAUGCCUUUCUUUUUAGUAUGCGUGACAGCAGGGACAGACUGCAGUUUGGCUUGCAGCUCCUGCCUGGACGAGUGGUCGUUUACACGGGCGAGAAGGCAUCAGUUUACUUCAAGUACGACACGCAGGAUGGACAGUGGCACUCCUUCUCCGUGGGGGUUCAGCCACGCUCAGUAUCCCUGUACGCACGCUGUGGGGCCGUGCAGUACAGUGAGGAAACACUGACCCAUCCACAGACACUGGGCUCUGAAGGUCGCCUCUUUGUGGGCAGGAUGGACUCCAGGGCAGUGCAGUUUGAAGGAGCUUUGUGCCAACUGGACAUCUACCCCUCUGCCCAAGCUGCGGCGCACUACUGCGACUAUGUUAAAAAACAAUGCAGACAGUCUGAUACGUUCCGAUCCUUGCCCCUGAAGUCCAAGAGCAUAGAGUCCACCUUCCCAACAGUCUCAUCCUCCCGAAAGUCCCGCCAAAGGUCUUCAGAAUUGCACACUGUGAGAUAUAUACUCACCCUGACCACCCACGCCACCAAAGGCACCAGUUUUACUCCUAUGGCAGUUUCCGACCAGUUUUCGACCACAAGCUCACCAACAUCACGCUCCAGCACACCAAGACAUCUGGGUCCAUCUCUAAGCCCCCUCAGCAAGGUUCGAUUCCUAGGCUUCACUGCUGGGACUCCUACCAGUAGUGCCAAAACUGAAAGGAACCUAGUAGGUGAAAAUGACACAGAAAAUCAUCAGCUUCUCAAGCAGCCAAGGGCCACUCGAGCCACCCCGGAUUUGAUCACCAUUGUCAUGCAGAGUCGUUUGAAAGAGGCCUUGAGGAAUAACGAUAGAUCCCACCAAUCUAACAAGGAUCUUGUGCGGACCAAUCUGAAAGUGAAUGGCACCACCCUGUAUCGCGAAGAGAGCAGCUAUAACCUGGUGGACCAACCCGAGGAUGAGCUCCGAGAGGGGAUGCACGACACAGGAUACUCUGAAGGUUAUGGAUAUGAAUACGGAUUUGAAGAAGCUGAAUAUUUCUAUGACUAUGAUGGAUUUGUUGGGCCUAAAGGAGAACCAGGUCCUCCAGGUCCCCCUGGCCCACCAGGUCUGCCCGGACCCCCAGGAAAGAGAGGAGCAAGGGGUCCGCCUGGUCCACACGGGAACCCCGGGCUGCCUGGUUUACCUGGCCCCAAGGGAGCAAAAGGAGAUCCAGGACUGUCCCCGGGUCAGGCACCAGCAGGUGAUCAGGGUGACAGAGGAGGACAGGGUCCACCAGGUCCUAAAGGUGAACAAGGUCUCAAGGGUCCCAAAGGCUAUCCAGGACCUGCAGGUCUGCCCGGAGAACAGGGUUUGCCAGGAUUGCCGGGUGUAUCUGGGGUGGCAGGUUACCCUGGCAGGCAGGGUUUAGCAGGACCAGAGGGAAAUCCAGGACCUAAAGGUGUUAAUGGCUUCAUCGGACCUCCAGGAGUUGCAGGACCACUAGGACUGGAGGGAGAGAGAGGAAUUCCAGGUCCUGUGGGAAUCAAGGGACCCAAAGGCAGACAGGGUGUUGUUGGUGAGGCGGGUGAGAGGGGAGCGCCCGGAAUGAACGGAAAUGAGGGGCCUCUCGGAGGGACCGGCAGCAGUGGAUUCCCAGGCCUCAGAGGUGAUGUGGGGCCCGAAGGACCCCGUGGAUUUCCUGGAAUUGUGGGACCUCAGGGCCUGACCGGAGGGGUGGGGCCGCCUGGAUUGAAAGGUGAUAAGGGGGAACCUGGAUUUAGGGGUGAACCCGGAGAAACCGGUUUCCAGGGCGUACAAGCGCGUAAUGAACCGCGUAAUGAACCGCGAAAUGAACCGCGUAAUGGACCGCGAAAUGGACCGCGUAAUGAGCCUGAAAAGAACCGCGGAAUGAACCGCGAAAUUAACCGCAUAAUGAACCUCGAAAUGAACCGCGAAAUGAACCGCGUAAUGAACCGCGAAAUGGACCGCGUAAUGAACGGCGUAAUGAACGGCGGAACAGCCGGUAAUCCAGGACCACCAGGACCACGUGGAAAAGCUGGACCACCCGGUUUCCCAGGAGACAUCGGUGCGCCAGGGUCAAACGGCCCCCCAGGACCAAAGGGAGACGACGGCCCCCCGGGCCCACCUGGACAGCCUGGUCCCCCUGGAGAAAUCGGUGACCUGGGGAAUCUUGGGAAAAUUGGCCUUCCUUGUGUGUCUGUCUGUCUGUCUGUCUGUGUGUGUCUGUCUGUCUGUCUGUGUGUGUGUGUGUCUGUCUGUCUGUCUGUCUGUCUGUGUGUGUGUCUGUCUGUCUGUCUGUCUGUGUGUGUCUGUCUGUCUUUCUGUGUGUGUCGUGUGUUCAGGGGGAUCGUGGUCCUCCUGGUCCUCUGGGUUCUCCUGGAGAGAAAGGUUCAACGGGGUAUCCUGGUCUUCCAGGGGUCCGGGGAUUUCGGCCCACAAGGCCCACCAGGUCCACCAGGGCCGAGAGGAGCAGCAGGCGUCCCGGGGCCGAAAGGACAACGAGGUCCGAGAGGAGCUGACGGGCCGACAGGAGAAGAGGGUCCUGAGGGCGUGAAGGGUGAGAAAGGAUCUCCAGGGAAGAAAGGUGCUCCAGGGUUCAUUGGUAAAGCCGGUGGUCCAGGGAAGAGAGGAGCAGCAGGACCCCCAGGUACACCAGGUGCGCUGGGCAGCUCGGGCGAAAAAGGUCCUCCGGGGGAACCGGGUUCCAAAGGCCCUCCGGGGGACGCGGGACCAGAUGGAGAGCAAGGUCACGAGGGACCUCAAGGACCUGAAGGAGAGCAGGGCUCUGUAGGUGAACCUGGACUCAAGGGUGAAAUGGGUUCUGUCGGUGAAGAGGGUGAACAAGGUCAAUUGGGCAUCAGAGGUCCUCCUGGACUGCCUGGAGAAGACGGACAUCAGGGGAAGGAUGGCCCAAAGGGUGAGACAGGUGACCGUGGACCAAUGGGAGAAACCGGGGAAAGGGGCGAGAUCGGUGACUCUGGUCCCCCAGGACUUCCUGGAGAUCCGGGAAAGAAAGGCUUCCCAGGACCUGAGGGAAAACAGGGUCUGUCUGGCAUCCGUGGUCGCCCAGGAAAGAAGGGUGAACGAGGCCCACCGGGUCACCUGGGAGAAAUGGGCUCGCCCGGCGAAAUCGGACCGACGGGGGAGAGAGGACUCAAAGGUGCUCGUGGAACCAGAGGACCCCUAGGGCGACCCGGAGUGAUGGGACCUCUGGGAGAGCCAGGACUGGAAGGAUAUACAGGUCACGCUGGCAAGCCGGGUCCUGCAGGCCCCCCGGGACCAAAGGGAGAAAAGGGUUACCCAGGAGAAGACAGUAAAACCGUAGGACCGCCCGGGCCCUUAGGUGAACCAGGAGCUCCAGGAGAGAAAGGUGAACGUGGGGAACCAGGAGAUUAUGGAUAUUUGGGUUACGCAGGGGUCGCUGGCGCCCGGGGUGCUCUCGGUCAGCAGGGAUCACCUGGGUCUCCUGGGCUACCCGGUCAAGCAGGACCCAAGGGCGAGAAAGGAAAUCAGGGAUUUGCUGGUAAAAAAGGAGCGCGAGGUCUCGCUGGAGCACCAGGUUUGGAGGGGCCGCUGGGUUUGCCGGGGCCCAGAGGGAUGGAGGGAUAUCCUGGAUCUGACGGACUUCCCGGUCUUCCCGGUGUACUGGGUCGCCCUGGAGCGAAAGGCAGAACAGGUCAGCGUGGUGAUGUGGGUCUAGAGGGGAGGGUGGGACUUCCUGGUCCACGCGGUGAGCUCGGACUUCCUGGUGUCGUCGGAGAGAGCGGCCCACCGGGGCUAAAGGGCGAGAUGGGUUUACCGGGUGACAGAGGACCAGCGGGCAUAAAAGGCAUGAAGGGGGUGACUGGAGACCAGGGCACGAAAGGAGAGCAAGGUGCCAAGGGAGAGCCAGGUGAGCUGGGAGAUGGCGGUAUGAGAGGACUCCAGGGUUUUCCCGGACCAAAGGGUCCAAACGGAGAUCUGGGGCUGACCGGAAUUCCUGGACCCAAAGGGCCAGUGGGUGUUCUGGGUUUCUCUGGUCCUGUAGGUCCUGUAGGAAUGAUCGGUCCAGAGGGGAAACCUGGUCCCAGAGGACCUAAAGGAAGCCAUGGAGAGAUGGGGCCGCAGGGGCCACAGGGCAGUCCAGGGCCACAGGGGCCUCCAGGUUCACCCGGCCCAUCGAUACGCAUGAAUGAGGACAUCGCCAGUCUUCAUGUGGAGAGUUAUCAGAACACCGAUGGGGCUCUGGCCAAUCAGAACGCUGAGAUCUUCAAAACCCUGCAGUAUCUGAACGGCGUCAUUAACAGCAUGAAAACACCAUUGGGAACCCGUGAAAACCCUGCACGCUUCUGUAAAGAUCUGCUCGACUGCCAGCGCAAGAUGACUGACGGAAUCUUCUGGAUUGAUCCGAAUCUUGGCUGCACGUCGGAUGCUAUCCAGGUGUUCUGUAACUUCACUGCAGGUGGACAGACCUGCUUACAUCCUGUCACCACAGAUAAGAUGCCAUUUGAUGUCGGGAAAGUCCAGAUGAAGUUUUUACAUUUGCUGAGCGUCACGGCAACCCAGACCAUCUCCCUCCACUGCUACAAUGACCCGACGACUUUUGCCACGGAGUCACCUGGGACGGCCUUGCGGUUCCGGGGUUGGACUGGUCAGGUGUUCACAGAAAACUCACCUCUGAGGCCUGAUGUGGUCCUGGACAACUGUGAGAUCCGCGAUGGUCGCUGGCAUCAGUCCCGCUUCCUGUUUCAAACCCAGGACACGCGACAUCUUCCCAUCAUGGACAUAGAAGGUCUCCAUUCCUCACAUCCCGUGGACCAGCGGCAUCUGGAAUUGGGCCCUGUCUGCUUCCUGUGAAAUCACUGAAGGAUUUUAGCUCUAACAGCCGAUCGUAAUAUCAGAUCAAUGGUGAACUGGGCGACUACAGCACAUACUCCUGUAGGUCCCACAAUGUUUCGGAAACCUUGAGAGGAAACCCCUCGUUUUGACUACGGCUGACUUUAAUGGAAGAACAAACGCUGUAAAGAAAGGAGGCGCGCUCUUCUAGAGCAACAUGUAUCGAGAGACUGCUGUUGUGUUUAAUCUGUUGAUUAUAAUGUGUUGUGGUUCAAGAGUGCCACCCAAACCUGAAAUAGUAUUUGCCCCCGUAGGGCAACAGGCCUCGUCAACAAGGCGCAACAUCUAGGGCGCUGUUGGCUCACAAACAAACGUGCAGUACCUUCUGGAUCGAGCAUUUGGUAUUGAAACAUUGAUGGUUAUGUUGUCAAACAAGGUUUUUCUUGUUAGUAAACUAUGACCUGGACUCAUACCUCCUUUUAGAUGGUGCUCUACCUCCUUCACUUACAGGUGCUUGUAUUCAGGCCCGAAACAUCGAUGCAAGUAUGUUAACACAUGUCAUGCAUUGCUGCAUUACGAACUGUGUCAGAGCGCAAUUCUCAACAUGCAAGUAUGUGAACGUAAACACUUCUAGCUACUCAAAAUCGUAAAUUUUGGCAUUGUUACGCUUCUCAAUGUGUCAGAACGCAACUCUUUUAACGUGCAAGUAUGUGAACAAAUGCAAACGCUUCUAGCUACACAACCUCGAUUUUGGCAUCGUUACGCUUCUAAAUGUGUCGGAGCGCAAUUCUCAACGUGCAAGUAUGUGAACGCAAACGCUUCUAGCUACACGUGUUUUGGGGGUUUUUUGCGUCGUUCCGAAAUGUGUCAUAGCGCAACUCUUAAUGCACAAGUAUGUGAAUGCAAAUGCUUCUAGCUACGCAAAAUACAUUUUUGACAUUGUUACUCUUCUCAAUGUGUCAGAGCGCAAUUCUCAACGUUCAAAUUCGUGAACGCAAACUCUUCUAGCUACGUAACAUCAAUUUUGUGUGUUUUUAGUUACGAAAUGUGUCGUAGCGCAAUUCUCAAUGCACAAGUAUGUGAAUGUAAACACUUAUAGCUACACAAGUUUAAAAAACAUUUGCGUUAAGUUCUGAAACGCGCCAUAGCAUAAUUCUUAACGUGCGAGUACAUGAACGCAAACGCUACGCACACGUCAUUUUUUGCAUCAUGUUCCGAAACGUGUCAGAGUGCAAUUCUCAAUGUGCAAGUAUGUGAACGAACGCAAACGCUUCUAGCUACUCAAAAUCGAUUUAUAAAAACGUUUUGUGUUGUUGUUGUCAGAGUGCGGUUUUCUAUGUGCAUGUUCGUGAACCCAAACACUUCUAGCUACAUAAACGUCAUUUUUUGCGUCAUGUUCUUAAAUGUGCCAUAGCGCAACUCUUAAUGCGCGAGUACAUGAACGCAAACUCUUCUAGCUACGCAAACUACAUUUUUAUUGUCUUUAGUUCCGAAAUGUGUCAUAACGCAAUUCUCAAUGCACAAGUAUGUGAACGAAGCAAACGCUUCUAGCUACACGUGUUUUGGUUUUUUUUUGGCGUCAAGUUCUGAAAUGUGUCAUAGCGCAACUCUGAACAUGCAACUAUGUGAAUGCAAACGUGAUUUUUGGCAUCGUCAUGCUUCGAAUGUGUCAUAUUCUCAAUGUGCAAGUUCACGUAAACACUUCUAGCUACGCACACGUCAUUUUUUGCAUCAUGUUCCGAAAUGUGUCAGAGCGCAAUUCUCAACGUGUGAGUAUGCGAACGAACGCAAACGCAAGUAAAUUUCCAUCGUUAUGUUCCAAAAUGUGUCAGAGUUCAAUUCUCAACAUGCAACUGUGAAUAAUAACACAUCCAGUUUGAUGGCACAGACAUUUGAAGGUAACUCUAUCGCCCCCUUGAGUACGGAGGUUUGUCGCCAGCAAUAUAAUGCAAACGUGCCCAUGAAUAUUUUCAACGAGAUUUGUGUUUGCGUACUUGCGUGAAGUAUGUUUCUGGCCUUAAGGUGUUUGUUUGUGCUGGCUUCUUCUGUUUAACGUUUGCGUUUGGUCAUUUCGAUCCAAACAAACCUAAUUUAUAUGAACAUUGUGUUGAUAAGUUGUGUUUUACAUUGGCUUAAUAUACAUUUUAUAUUAAGGAGAGUGCUCACUCGUCACCCUUACGGAGUCGCAAGUACUCAAGUAGAACCCCAAGAAAUCACAGUACAUGCCAGAUUUUCAGUUUGUGACCCAUUAUGUCACAUUAUGUCACACUAUGUCACAUUAUGUCACACUAUGUCACACUAUGUCACAUUAUGUGACAUUAUGUCACACUAUGUCACAUUAUGUGACAUUAUGUCACACUAUGUCACAUUAUGUCACACUAUGUCACAUAAUGUGACAUUAUGUCAUAUUAUGUCACACUAUGUGACAUUGUUACAUUAUGUCACACUAUGUGACAUUAUGUUACAUUAUGUCACAUAAUGUCACAUUAUGUGACACUGUCACACUAUGUCACAUUAUGUCACACUAUGUCACACUAUGUCACAUUAUGUCAUAUUAUGUCACACUAUGUCACACUAUGUCACAUUAUGUUACAUUAUGUCACAAUAUGUCACAUAGUGUCACACUAUGUCACAUUAUGUCACAUUAUGUCACACUAUGUCACACUAUGUCACAUUAUGUUACAUUAUGUCACAAUAUGUCACAUUAUGUCACACUAUGUCACACUAUGUCACAUUAUGUCACAUUAUGUCACAUUAUGUCACACUAUGUCACACUAUGUCACAUUAUGUUACAUUAUGUCACAAUAUGUCACACUAUGUCACACUAUGUCACAUUAUGUGACAUUAUGUUACAUUAUGUCACACUGUGUCACAUUAUGUCACACUAUGUCGCAUUAUGUCACAAUAUGUUACAUUAUGUCACACUAUGUCACAUUAUGUCACACUAUGUCACAUUAUGUCACAUUAUGUCACACUAUGUCAUUUGAAAGUGUGUGCAUCACAUGACAAAAUCAUGUAUGAAGUACGAAUAGUCUCGGUCGGGGUCAGGUGACUUCUCCAUGGUGCUGCAGUAUUCAGCGUUAGUUAAUCUGUUAUUUAGAUUUUUUCCCCUCUGUGUAUAUUUUGACAUAAUAUGUUUAUUUAUGUUAUAGUUUUUUUUUUUA